CUUCUCUUUGCUCACCUACCUUACGCUGCUCCCACGCUCAGUAAAAGUUCCGUAUGUCGGACACCGCUAUUCAGAACAAUCAACGCAUUUUCAACACGUACGAAGCGAAUCUCCGAGACACAACAAAUUACAUUGAAUUUGCUGGAAAGUUUGCGGUAUGGUUGGACUCGGAUAGAGCUUUUUAUUCUCAAGGGAAACCAUCAAUCAUAAUGAUACUCAUGACGGCGUAUAGGACCAUCCACCAGACUAUCUGCCCUGAGCAAAAUUUGAAUAUACCUCUCAACACGGAUCCUUACAAGAACCUUCCAUUGGUGUCGGCUUACAGACGUCUCAUCGAAAUCCUGUCCAAAUACGUCAAAUAUUUCCUUAAUGAUGCCGUGCUCAUGCCACACGUUCAAUUUCUUCUGCAUACUGUUGGUAUGCAAUUGAACGGAGAAACAAGGCCACCUAUUCCUAUACAACCUUCUCCGAUUGUCCAGCUUCCUCGUGCGCCUAUCCAAACUGACCGAGAACCGUCCAGGGCAUCAACGUCUAUGGCCAGUUCUUCACAGUCUCCGACGCCACUGGCUCUUCCCAAAAAAAAGAGGAAUUUAGAUUGGCUGAUCAAACAGGACUUGGACUGGUAUGCAGCCCAAAAAUCCUCCGUUCCGAAAUCCCAGGGGGAUCCUUUUCCGAAGGAUGUGCCUGCUAAUGAGCCAUCAUCAUCCAAAUCACCACUGGCAACCAAAACCGAGACCAGACUUGUUCCUCAGAGCCGUGCAUCUCCAGCAGAAGCGACGCCUGUCCUUCCAAGCGAAUCGACAUCGACAUCUGGAGUGGUUGCUACACCUCAGACUAAUACAAUUACUCAAGUAGAGACGAAGCCCGUUUCCCAAAAUAAUUCUUCGACUGCAUCUGGAUUUGUCCCAGAAGUCGAGACGAAGCCUGAGGUUUGUAGCAAACAGACUACUUUCAGAGAUGCGAUUCCACCGGAAUCGAGACCUCUUUCUGAGAAUAGCGAAAUAACCGACGAGAGAAUGGAAGAAGUACUGGAAGUGGGCCAGAUACAAGAAGACGUGGCCAUGGCUUCUCCGCAGGCAAUGGACGUUGACGACGACGAUGAUGAAAGAGAAGAAGUAGCAAACCUCUUUGACCAAGCUUCCGCAAAGAUCACCGUGGAUACGGACCAAGACCAAUUAGGUUCCAUCCGCCAUGAAGCUGAGGACUCUGGAAUGGAAGAUGUAGGAAUACGUGCAGGAGAGAAGAAUGAAGCAAUUCACCAAAGACACGGUGAUGAACCUUCAAGAAUGCCACAUGGCCGAAAUGAAAAUGCACAUCCUUCCCGUCACUCGACGCCUGCCGACGCGUAUAACUCAAUGUCGACAGAUGCGGCCUCGGAUACAAGUUUCGCAGGGAAACCAGCGGGCCCGCGAAAUGUUGAUGAGAUCGUACCUCAGAAUGUGGUCGUGGCAUCGCCACCACCGGUAGUUUUACCGGUCAAAGAGGAUAUAGUGUUGCCCAGCCACGAUGGAUUCAAUCAUAAUGCGCUCAGAAUCUGGCUUGACCAAGGGAAGAAAGACGCUUUCCAACACAAGUUCACGAUAAAUGUCGCUGAGGAGGACUUUGUAUACUUCGUAAAUUGGAACCGACGGAACAAGAACGCUAGGGAGGUGGAGAAGAGCAGAUGUUUUUCCUUGUGCUGUUACAAAACGGUGGACUUGGCAGCUUUGAUAAAGCGGGGAGCGAGAGGGCUGGAGCUAGUGAACAGCUUGCGUAUAUCAUGGCCUGAGGCCGGAGGGUUGAAAUUGCUCGUGACAGUCAAUGGACAGCAAAAGAUGGUUCUUCUAGCUCCGCCUACUGUGGUGACGGCUGGGUUACUGGACUUGACUUUGUUUCUGCAAGUUGGGCAAAAUGAGUUCACUGUUGUUCAAGAGCAGUCCAUGACCGAGUACGCGUUAAUGGCCUGGGCACAUGAUCCCACACGGGCCCAAUUGGAGCCUGUGAUUGUUAGGCGCAAGCAGGAACAAGACUGGAAGACUGUAUUGAAUCAUUUAUCGAGACCUCUGGAGUUGCUUCCUGGCCCGUGGGAUUGAUUUUUGGCAGGAUGUUUUGGGAAUUUCUUGGAGAAUAACUUAUAAGACUUGACAUUUUCUAUACCCUUUGCUUUUGGCGAUGUUGUUACCUUUGAGAGGGAAUGUUGUAUUACUGACUAUCGAGAUAUGUACGUAAGAUCUGUGAUCUUGGUGGCCGUACAAUACGACCUUUCUUGCUGUUUCAAACGUUGUACAAUCUUUGGUAUUUUUCUUUGGUU